ACCCAACUGCAAGUGAUGGCUACUGCUGAACAGAUAUUGAGCACAAUAGUGUCAUCUUCUUAUUUUAGAGCAAAUGAAGCAGUUUUAAAAAUACCGCUACCCCCUGCUUGGGUUUGGGUCAAAGCUGCUAUUGCCAAAGGAUGGACGUGUAAUGAAUUCGUUAGUGAUGACAUUUUUACAGCUACGUUUUGCUUGGGUUUAAAAAUGGACAACCUUGACAUCUCCAGUUUGGCGGAAAUAAAAGGCGGAAUUCUGAAACACGGAACUUGGAGAGCAACCAGUUGCCAAUUGCUGUUGGCCAAUGGGCGGCGAAACACAUGCACAUCAUGUUUGUCUUUACUCAACGGUACCCGCAAAAGAUUAAAACGCUUGGCGUUCAGGAAUCGCCAACUGCAGAACGCACAUUACCGUUUUCAAACGAAACAACAGUUGAUUCAACGGCUGCGUUUGCAAUCGUUGAAAUUGGAUGUAGCCAGGCGAAAAGUGAAAAGGGCAAAACUAAGUAACAAGUCCUUGAAAAAGAAGAUAAAGCAGCUUGAGGAGAAGUUUGAUGCACUGGAUCACUCGAAGGUUGAGAUGUUAAUAAAAGAUGAUGUUCAGCUAACUGAUUCGAAGGCUAAAUGCCUGAAUAAGAAAAGUAUGAGAUACGAUGCCGAUUGGCUCUUAGAUUGCCUUAUCCUUCGCUUGAAGAGCAAGGCAGCGCCCUACAUGGCUUCCUGGAUACAGCCUUUUGCCGUAUUUGCCUCCAAAAACUCAACUUCCGGUGAAGACCUUUACCGCUUGGUUCUGAAGGCUCUUGUAUUGUUGGAAGAACACGGUGCCAUCGUUAAAUCAAUUGUGUGCGAUGGAGCGGCAACGAACAAAAAGAUGUGGAGCUUGGCUGGCGUUUACGGUCACACGGACGACCAUAAAGCCAUUCUGAACAACGUAAUGUUGCAUCCAACAAAUCAAGAAAAGAUAUAUGUUAUGGGCGACGCCCCACAUUUGAUCAAAUGCAUCCGCAACCAUAUAUUGAACACGACUAACGUUCAAAUGUCAGGGAAACUUGUUAGCUGGACCCAUGUCGAAGAGCUUUUCGCGACUGAUAGCUCAACUGUUGGGGGUUUGCAGGCUUGUUCUCGCCUAACCCCAGUCCAUAUUCAUCCAACAAACAUGCAAAAAAUGAAUGUUUCUCUGGCAGCACAAGUAUUAUCAAAAUCUGUCGCGGAUUUGUUCCGGUAUUACAGAACGCAAACAGAAGACCCUGAGCUUGCGCUACGUUUCAAAGACACUGAAGGAACUGAAGAGCUUUUUCGUUUAAUUAACGAUGUAUUCGACAUCAUGAACGGACGAUGUAGAAAGAAUGCUAUCUCAAGAGACGACUGGGAAGGAAAAAAAGACCGACUCAGAGAGCUGCUUACGCACAUAGACGAAUCUGAGUGCUACGGAUGGGAUUUUGAGGAUGGAUUUGACUGCCCACCUUUAUAUCCCGCGUUUGCCUCGACGUUGACUCUCUCAACAUUGAGAGUCACCAUACUCAGCACUAUAGAUUUGGUGGACGAGCUGUUGGACUUCGGUUUUACCUACGUGCUGACGGGGAAAUUUAAUCAAGAUUGCAUAGAAAGAUUUUUCGGGAUUAUUCGCUCUUGCUGA